AAGGAAGCAUCCAUCCAACGGUAAAAAACAGAAUCAUUUCAUUGUUUUGUGCAUAUAAUUCAGUCACUACCUACUCCAGCAUCAGCUCCUCUCUCUCUCUCUCUCUACAAUGUCUCCAAACUCACUAAAAUCUCUAACGAAGUUCACAGUCUUAACAAUCCUACUGCUACACAUAAAUCUCUCAUUUCAACUCAAUGAUAAUGAUGAUGAUGAAUCUCUCACUUACAUCUGGCCACUUCCUUCACACUUUACUUCUGGGGAUCACACCCUCUCCGUUGACCCUUCUCUUUCAUUGAUUUUCACUGGCCCUGGAAGCAAUUCAACGAUUGUUAAAGAUGCUUUUGAGAGAUAUAAAAAGAUUAUCUUUAAGCAUACUACUGCGACUUUUUCUGUUUUUGAUAUGUUUAGAUUUAGAAGACCCGAUUUUGAUGUUUCUAAACUGAAAAUUGUGGUUCUUUCUGAUGGUGAAGAACUUCGGCUUGGAGUUGACGAGAGUUAUAAUUUGUUUGUGGAUAAGCAUGAUGGGCAGUCCAUUACUGGGGAAGCAACAAUUGAGGCAAAUACUGUUUAUGGUGCAUUGCGAGGGUUGGAGACAUUCAGCCAAUUAUGUACGUUUGAUUAUGAAACCAAAUCUGUACAAAUCUACAAGGCGCCAUGGUACAUUCAAGACAAACCAAGAUUUACUUAUCGAGGGCUUCUACUUGAUACGUCAAGGCAUUAUUUACCAGUUGAUGUCAUUAAGCAGAUAAUUGAAUCAAUGGCAUAUGCUAAACUUAAUGUCCUUCAUUGGCACAUUAUAGAUGAGCAAGCAUUUCCUUUAGAAGUACCAACAUAUCCAAAAUUAUGGCAAGGUUCAUAUACAAAAUGGGAGCGGUACACAGUGGAGGAUGCCUAUGAUAUUGUAAACUUUGCCAAAAUAAGAGGCAUUAAUGUCAUGGCGGAAGUAGAUGUCCCUGGUCAUGCAGAAUCAUGGGGCACUGGGUAUCCUGACCUGUGGCCUUCCUCUUCCUGUAGAGAGCCACUUGAUGUUUCAAAAAAUUUUACUUUUGAUGUGAUAUCUGGCAUUCUGACAGACAUGAGAAAAAUCUUCCCUUUUGAGCUCUUCCACCUAGGUGGCGAUGAGGUUAAUACAGAUUGCUGGAACUCUACUCCACAUGUGAAGCAAUGGCUUCGGGAUCACAACUUGACUACUAAGGAUGCAUAUAAAUAUUUUGUACUCAGAGCUCAAGAAAUAGCAAUUUCAAAAGGCUGGACACCUGUCAAUUGGGAGGAGACGUUCAAUACGUUUGCAUCAAGUCUUCAUCCAAGGACUAUAGUGCACAACUGGUUGGGUGGUGGAGUUUGUGCAAAGGCUGUUGCAAAAGGUUUCAGAUGCAUCUUCAGCAAUCAAGGUUUUUGGUAUCUUGAUCAUCUAGAUGUCCCUUGGUAUGAGGUUUACAAUGCCGAGCCACUAGAAGGAAUAGAUAAUGCUUCUGAGCAAGAACUUGUGCUCGGAGGAGAAGUUUGCAUGUGGGGUGAGACAGCUGAUACCUCAGAUGUUCAACAAACAAUAUGGCCCCGAGCAGCAGCAGCUGCAGAGCGCCUGUGGAGCAGGAGAGAGUCCAUAUCCUUAAGAAAUAUCAAUGAAACAGCUUUACCCCGAUUGCAAUACUUUAGAUGCCUAUUAAACAGGCGCGGAGUUCCAGCUGCUCCUGUCACAAAUUUCUACGCGCGUCGACCUCCAACUGGUCCCGGGUCAUGCUAUGAGCAAUAAUUCUUCGCAUGCCAACUUCAGUAAUUUCAUGUACCUGAAGCUGUAUCUCUGUAUUUUGUACAUAAUAAAUGCAAGCACUCAAAGGAAGUCCCAUGUCUUUCCAGUUUCAUCUGUGCCUCUAGAAAAACUUGAUUGAUGAGUCUGGUGAACUCCAUCAAUGGUUCUGGUUUGCAGGAUGAGAGGAAUCUCACUAUCUGGUCCCCCCACUUUGACCAUGUUAUGUUCUUGUGCUAUGUUGAUGAAUUUUAUUAAUGGAAUGAUUAUCAUAAAAUUCCUGAGCAA